AUGUCGUCGUCCGUGGCCGCCAAUGGCACAGCGUCCUCGACGGACGUGCAAAAAAUGAUACAGGCCAUCGAUGCCUUGCAGCAAGUCCACCUACCUGCUGUACGCCGAGCGAUGGAUGCUUUGUUCGAGCGCAUAACGAUCGGCUUAGCUGGGGAAGCGGAUGGCCAAGCUGUUGAAGAUGCUCUUGAUGUAGCGCAGACACAGAUUCAGGCCCUAUCUGAGCAUCUUCAAGCCCAUGGUCUGGCGGGUCUCACAACCAACGAGCCUGGCUCUGAUACCCAGCGCGAUCUUCGCGCUACCACACGCGCUUUGUUUGACCAGCGAACACGACUGAGCGACGCAACAGCGCUUGUGGCAAGUAUUCUAUCAAAAACUUAA